GUUUAGUCGAUUGGUUCGGUUAGGCUUAACCCCCACAUUUAUGGGCUGGAAAGAAAUCCUCUGGAGGCCUAGAUUCCUAUUUUCCAUUUGAUUCCAGUUCGCGUCGACCAUCAGCGACCCACGCAAAAUUCAGAAUCAUCCCGUUCCCUGAUCAAAUCGAAACGCUUCCUUUCAUAUCAAAAUCAUCAACAGAUCAAACUUUAGGAAAAAAAGAAAAUAAUAAUAAGGAGACCAAUCAGAUUUGAGAAAAUGGCAGAUUUUGAAAUUCAAAAGCCACUGAGGAAAAUUGCGGAGGCGUUUAAGGAACUAGCAGUGACUUUGAACUCGCAGACGAUGGCGUCUUCGACAUCGUCGGCUGAUUUAGAAGUUGCUCCAUUCUCACGCGCUUGCUCCCUUGUUUCUCCUCUUUUUGGUUGCUUAGGCAUCGCUUUUAAGUUUGCGGAGAUGGAUUACGUCUCUAAGGUUCGUGAUCUCGGAGAAGCAUCAAAAUCGAUAGGGACAAUACAAGAAAUGGUGAAUAAGGAUAUAGAAGAGAAUUGUGUCAGAAAAGCUGGUAGUCAUUCUAGAAAUCUUUUGAGGGUUAAGCGUGGUCUUGAUAUGGUCAAGGUUCUUUUUGAGCAAAUUCUCAUUACAGAGGGGAACUCUUUGAAGGACCCAGCUUCCAAGGCCUAUGCACAAGUAUUUGCUCCUCACCAUGGGUGGGCUAUCAGAAAAGCUGUUGCUGCGGGGAUGUAUGCUCUUCCUACAAAAUCACAAUUGUUAAAUAAAUUGAAUGAAGAUGAGAGCUCAGCUAAGAUCCAAAUGGAGUAUUAUAUUGCUGCAUCUGCGCCGGUCAUUCUGUUCAUUGACAAACUCUUCCUAUCAAAAAAGCUGGGUAUAGAUUGGUGAACAAUAUGAAUGCCACUAAAAUGCAUUUAUUCUAGUAGUGUUUCUAUUUUCAUUUUUUUUUUUUUUGUUACGAAACAAAGUAUAGUUUAAUUAUAUAUCUCAUUAAGUGGUUUAAAUCCUGCAAAACAGUUCUAUCAUGCUGAGUUGCUAAAAUAUAUAUGUAUAUUAUGAUGUAACAUAUUGUUUUUAGAAAUCAAGAGUUUAUAGUAUGGAGGUGCAUUAUGCAUUA